CGAUUUUUUUUCUUCAAAAGCACCCCGCGUCUACUUUUGUUGCGAAAGUGCGGUAGUGAAGUGACAAAUUGAGGAUUACUUACCGACACAUGUCCUUUAGAGGCCCUACAGUGUGUGUGUGUCUCCGUCAGAUCUAAGGACAAUUGUUUGAGCUAUGGCUGCUCAGGUCACAGAAUCGGACCAAAUUAAACAGUUCAAGGAAUUUCUUGGCACCUACAACAAACUGACCGAGAGCUGCUUCAUGGACUGUGUGAAAGACUUCACUACGAGAGAGGUCAAAGCGGAAGAGACCUCAUGCUCAGAGAGCUGUCUACAGAAGUAUCUGAAAAUGACACAACGGAUCUCGAUGCGCUUCCAGGAAUAUCAUAUCCAGCAGAACGAGGCUUUAGCCGCCAAAGCUGGCUUAUUAGGCCAGCCCCGAUAGUCGACUACUGUGUGUCUUACAGACUUGUAUCCUCAGGCUGUAACUCUCAACCUGCCUGCUUUCACACUGGACUGGUAAGGCAGAGGCCAUGGUGUCAGAAGAUGACGUCCUCCUAUUGAGUUCAGAUCCUUAGCAAUGGUGGGAGGUUUGUUUCCUGUUCUUCCGAAUGUGAAGACUCACCAGGUCUUAUUCGGGCUUAAUGUGAAGGUAGUGUUUUUUUUGUUUGGCUGUUUUUUAAGUAGUCAAAGCCUUUUUUAUGUAAUCACUGCAAAUGUAUGUAAUAAAUAAAACAAGUAAAUAAGUCA